AUGUCAGAGGAUCUCUACGCCAUGCCAGACAUGACCAAGAAGGUCAGAUUUCGGGCGGACAAAAAGGCGGAUGGACCUGUGGAAAUCUGUGACAGCUGCGACAACGCCACAAUUUACGAUAACUACUGUGCGGAAGAGCUCAAACCACCGAACGGGGAAGAAAACAGGACCCAAGAUCAACAGCAAACUGUUCCACAGAACAUAAAGUCCAAAGAGAGGGAUCUUCGUGGACCUGCUGCAGUGUUUCUGGGAAUUCUGUGUCUUUUCCUCCUGAUCACAGUCGUCACCCUGUUGGUCUUGUUGGUUCAGGUUGAAAAGAGCUGGACCGCUGAGAGGAAUCAGCUGUAUGAGGAGAAGGUCAACCUGUUCACAGAGAGAACAGAGCUGCUGAAGAAUAACACCGAACUAAAGGGGCUCAACGCAAACCUCACCAGGAAGAGUGAAGAAUUACAGCGGCUGAAUGAUCAACAUUUUAAAGAAGGAUGGGUGUAUUUCCGUUCCAGCUUCUAUCAUAUUUCCUUCAGCAAGAAAACCUGGCGGGAGAGUCGAAAUGACUGUCUGAGCAGAGGCGCUGACCUGAUGAUUAUAGACAGCCAAGAAGAACAGAGAAAGUCAGACUUCAGCAUGUCAGAGGAUCUCUACACCACGCCAGACUUCACCAAGAAGGUCAGAUUUCGGGCAGAAAAAAAGGCGGAUGGACCUGUGGAAAUCUGUGACAGCUGCGAUAACGCCACAAUUUACGAUAACUACUGUGCGGAAGAGCUCAAACCACCGAACGGGGAAGAAAACAGGACCCAAGAUCAACAGCAAACUGUUCCCCAGAACAUAAACUCCAAAGAGAGGGAUCUUCGUGGACCUGCUGCAGUGUUUCUGGGAAUUCUGUGUCUUUUCCUCCUGAUCACAGUCGUCACCCUGUUGGUCCUGUUGGUUCAGGUUGAAAAGGGCUGGACCGCUGAGAGGAAUCAGCUGUACGAGGAGAAGGUCAACCUGUUCACAGAGAGAACAGAGCUGCUGAAGAAUAACACCGAACUAAAGGGGCUCAACGCAAACCUCACCAGGAAGAGUGAAGAAUUACAGCGGCAGAAUGAUCGGCUAUUUCAAGAAGGAUGGGUGCAUUUCCGUUCCAGCUUUUAUUACAUUUCCUCCACUGAGAAAACCUGGCAGAAGAGUCAAGAUGACUGUCUGAGCAGAGGGGCUGACCUGACGAUUGUAGACAGCCGAGAAGAACAGGACUUCUUAAGAAGACUUUCCAAGGUAAUGUGGAUUGGACUGACUGACAGAGCAGAGGAAAGGACGUGGCGAUGGGUGGACGGGACUGUGCUGAACACAAGCUACUGGUCCGAUCGACAGCCCAACAACUGGCGGGGAAAGCAAGAUUGUGCAGAAGUACAGACGAGUGAUGUGGAAAACAACUGGAAUGAUGCUCGAUGUGAUAGUCAAAAUUACUGGGUUUGUGAGAAGAAAGUGGCUCCAUAAGGCAGCAUCCCAGGUUGAUGUUGAGCUCUUCAUCAGUUGAGAUCAAACCAGACAGAAUAAAAAAAUGAAGCUCUUUUGCAAUUCUCUGCAGUCCUCCUUAGAUUUACAGGCACACAAAUUUUGAAGAGUUAAAUAAAGAAUGUCUUUUUUACCAGUAUGUUAGAGUAAAGAGAGGAAGGCAUCUUCCUGAUAAUGGAUGCUUUUGAUACUGUAGUGGAGCCAGAGUGGGGGCAAGGGGGCAGUCAUCCCAGGGCUCACAAGGUCAUAGGACCCGGUUUCAUGUGAUGUGUUCACAUUUAACUGGAAAUAAAUUAUUAUAAUAAAAUGUGCAGUGUGUGUGAGAAGGUAUACGCAUGUGUGGGUUCCAAUUUGCCAAUUCUUACAUUACAACUGUCCAUGAAUACAUCAGAGCUGUAAGCCAGCACUAAUUGGCUGUGUGGCAUUAACAAGUUUUUUCGUUGCACUUGAUCUGAACUCUUUGGA